GCUUAAAACCACCUGCCAACACUGGUGAGAAUGUUCUUUGGAAAGUGGUCUCUGUUCGACGGAACCAGAGAGUAAUAUAUUUGGCGGAACAGUGAGUAGCAAAGAGUAGAUUGUAGGUACGAUUUAUGGAAGUGUCAGCAGUUGUCGGUAAUAGUUAAUAAACAUUGACAGCGAGCUCAGAAAUAAAACGAUUUGUAACAGGAUAUAGAGAGAUGGGUUGCAAUGGACCCAAAAUGAAAAGGAGUUUCAUAUGUCUAUUAUUCAUUUGAACAAUAUAAGAAGUUUCGUAUUAAAAAAAAUGAAUGUCAGCUGUCCUUUUACCAAAAAGUCCUUUUACCCCUUUGAUGGUGUGGUAAGAACAAAUAUUCGAUGAAAGUGACAAUACUGAGAAGAACAAAAUGGCAUCAUCGAACAGUGCUGUACAAGAAAAUAGAUUUAAAGUAGUCAUAAUAGGUGCUGGCAUGGCAGGUUUAUCAGCCGCCAACCAUUUAAUCAAGAAUGGUGUGACGGAUUUUAAAAUUCUUGAAGCAAGAAAUAGAAUAGGAGGGAGGAUUAUAUCUGUCAAUAUGGGUCACAAUAAGGUGGAACUUGGAGCCAACUGGAUUCAUGGUGUAUUGGGAAAUCCCAUGUAUGAGUUAGCUAUGGCAAAUGGUUUAAUUGACAUUGUACAAGUACCAAAACCUCAUCGAGUCAUAGCUACUACUGAAGAUGGAAAACAAAUUCCAUUUCAGACACUUCAAGUAGGUAUUGAAUGUAGACUCAACAUUAUAUUUGAAUUUUUGUAUAUUUUUCUUAUUGUCUUGCUGUUCAAGGAAAUUUAUGAAGCCUACAUUUGCUUUCUGCGACGAUGUGAAGAGUAUUUCCUUUGCCACUAUUUGCCUCCUGCUGGAAUUGUGAGUGUUGGUGAGCAUAUAAGGCUUGAAUCUGCUUUAUAUUUGGACAGAACUGGUGAAACUGAAGAUCGCCAUAUAAAACAACUCAUAUUUGACUGUCUCAUGAAACGUGAAACUUGCAUCACAGGCUGUCAUUCAAUGAAUGAAAUUGAUUUGUUGGAACUUGGUAGCUACACAGAGCUUCAAGGAGGUAAUAUUGUACUUCCUGCUGGUUAUAGUAGUAUCUUGGAACCUGUUUCAAGGGACAUUCCAGAAGACUGUAUCUUGAAAAAACAUCCAGUAUCAUGCAUAAGAUGGCAUUAUGGUAAUGACUUCUUUGCAUCAUGUGUGGCAAGCCCUGGUGGGGAUUCAGGAAUAGAUUUAUUUCCAAAUGGAGAUCCUGGCAAUGAGUCAGAUGACUCUGACAAAACUGUUACUGAGGAAUGUCCUUGGAGAGAAUCUACUGGAGAAAGUGACGUGAAAGAAAAUAAUGAUUUUGUGCCAGAAACAGGAUCAAACAGUAAGAGUGAAUCCACCUCAUCAAAACAAAGUACCAAAACAGAUGAUCACUCAAACAUUGAUUCACAUACAUCAUCAGACAAUAAAGAAAUGGCUGGAAAUCGUGGAGAUAUUGUGGGAACUUCCCUUGUGGAAGGAGUAAGGUCAGCAAAUCAUAGUUCAUCUCCUAAUGUUCAAGUAGUUUGUGAAAAUGGAUCAUGCUUUUAUGCAGAUCAUGUUAUUUGUACAAUUCCAUUGGGUGUUUUGAAAGCCAAAGUUUCAUCUUUAUUCUGUCCUCCAUUACCUCAAUUUAAAGUUGCUGCCAUUGACAAAUUAUUGUUUGGUACUGUGGAUAAAAUUCUUCUUGAAUAUGAUCGACCAUUUCUCAAUGCAGAUAUUUCAGAAGUAAUGCUGUUAUGGGAAUCAGAAGGUGAUAAUAAAGAUAUAAGUGAAAAUUGGUAUCGGAAAAUAUAUUCGUUUUCAAAAAUUUCUGAAACUUUAUUAUUGGGAUGGAUUUCUGGCAAAGAAGCAGAAUAUAUGGAAACUUUAUCUCAUGAAGAAGUAGCAGAAAAAUGCACAGAAAUCCUGAGAAAGUUUUUGAAUGAUCCUUUCAUCCCAAAACCAAAAACAUGCAUUUGUACAAGUUGGAGGAGUCAGUCUUUCACACAAGGAUCAUACACGGCAAUGGCAGUUGGAGCAAGUCAGGCAGAUAUUGAGCGUAUUGCACAACCUCUGUUCAGCAAUCCCAGACAGAAGAAGCCCACACUUCUGUUUGCUGGUGAGCACACACACAGCAGUUUUUAUUCAACUGUACAUGGAGCAUAUCUCUCUGGUAGAGAUGCAGCCCAGUCUCUUCUGGCUCCUGAUUCUCCUCCUGAAUUAGUUCUGGAUUGUGAAGGAACAUCUGAUCUCAGUUCAUGGGUUCAAGGCAUUUCAUUGGAUUGAGAAACAAUGAUGCUUUGAUUUCUUCCUUUUUAUAGUGGCCAAGAAAAACAUCAUCUGUAUUGUAUGUUCACUUCUUAUGUAAGGAUGUACAGAUGAAUUGAAAUGGUGCAUAUACUUAUUAAGAACUUUGGUAAAAACAUUGUCACUUUUCUAGUCACACCAUGUCCUGUGCAUACAGUUUCCUUAAAUGGAGAGCACAAGUUUCAAACACUAUGUAGAUUGUGAUGCAUUAUUUGAAAUGCAGUAUUUUUCUAUUUUCAGUAUGUCAAGUAUUGUAGAUGUGUAUAAUUUGAAAAGAAGUGUAUUUAAUUUAGCUGUAAUGCCUUUGCGCUCUUGCUAUUCAUAAAAUGAAAUAUUGAAAGACUGUUGAACAUGUGACUGAAGAUAAAGAACAGAGAGAGAGGUUUAAAACUGUAUAGCACUGAUUAUUCAUAAUUAUUUAUUACUUUUCUUUAUGGGAAUAAAUGUGUAUUGUUUAUUCCUACUUCUUCAGUACACUCAUUCAGUUUUGAAAGGUUUUCUAAUCUUUGUUGGGCCAUAAUAAAUUGUUUUGAUAUGAAUUUAAAAUAAACAAAAUGAUUGUAAAAAAAUUGCAACAAAAGUAUUUUAAAAUAUUAAUCAGUUUUUUGACUAAAACAUAUUAUUAGCACAAUUAUAUGGCUUUAAAAUGACUUAAUAUGGCAUUUUGCCCAUAGUAAGACAGUGUAUGUAGUAAGUCAAUGUUUUUUAGACAGUUCAAUAAAUAUAUUUCACUCUUGUUAAAUUGUGUAAACACAACAAACAUUUGUAAUUUGUUGUGCCAUAGUAUAUCUUCAUGAUUAAUAAUUUACAAUAAUUUUUAGAUGAAAGUUUGGAGUUUCUGGCUUUGGAGCUACUCCCACAGGCUUAAAUUCUGUUAAAAAAAACAAGGUUUUCUUUCUGAUCACUUCGAAACCAAUGUAAAAAUGUUAUUCAUUGUAUUAGCAGCUAUUGUAAUUUAAUCAGGACUAUCUUGCCUUGUUAAUAUGAUUAUCAGCUUACCAUGGUGUAAUUAUUUUGAGGUUUGACAUGAAAGUGCCACUCUUAUGUCAAUGCAGCCACAGAUGUCUAGUCUCAUUUCUAAGCUUACUGUGUAAAUAUAUUUAAUGUAUAUUUGUGAAUACUAAAUAUACCUAUAAUUGAAAUCGCACUAAUAAUUAAUUUUUGGGAGACUGCUUGAGGCAUGUAAAUAAAUUCAAGCACCAAGAACUACAUUUGGAAAUAAGCAAAACCACCUUGAAGGACCCAAUUUAGAGAAAUAAUGCAAAUACAUAACCCUAUCUCGUACACUUAAUACUGCGCAGACAAUUUUGUUAAACUAACUUAUUUAUAGUAAACAGAAAUUAAAACUUUGGAAAUUUUUGGAGUCCAUGUGCAUUGGAAACAAGAUUUAAAAUGAUCCAAGUGCCACAGUAGUCUCACACUCUUAACUUCAAUUGUUCUUCAAAGAAAGAUACAUUUUCACUUUUGAAAAAGUGGCAAGAUCAUGAAUCCAAACAAAGACAUCAUUUCGUUUUUAUACUGACCAUAACAGUUGACAGUCCAAAUUACAAGUUUUUUACUUCUUUGUGUAUGUACGUAUAUAUACAGCGCAAUAUACAUAGAAAAGAGAAAGUUAUUUAAUGCUGUGGAAAAUUGAUUUCUAGAUUUCAACACAAGUACACAUUUUGGGGUCACCUAAUAACAAAACAUGUUCACACUAGUGCCUAAACUAUUCCUAGGAAUUUUGCAAACAGGAAUGUUCCCCAUUCAAAUUGCAGUGUCUACACAAAGCCCUGCAAAUUUGAUUAUUUUUGUUUUAAUUUGGGAAGUACCCUGGAACAUUUUCAAAAUUUUCUCAAAAAUGGCUCUGAAGUUUUUCACUAAAUUUCUUGUAAAA